UCUCCAUUCCAUAAAACAGAAACAUGAAUGUGAGCAGAGCAAUGAAGAAGUGACUGACAGUGUGUUUAGGGUGGAAGUAUAAUAUGGUCAAUUAAAGGUUUGCAAGUACCCCUCCACAGUGCAGCAUUUAAGAAAACCCAAUUGACCUCCAUCUCCAUGGCUCCCAGCCUCCCCACUGGCCAUUUCCAUCUCCCCUAUAAAUACUUGCUGCCAUGCCAUCUCUUCUUCCACGCCACAGAGGAAGCAUCCUCAUAGUCAGAGGCUCAGAGCAGAGCAGAGCAGAGCAGAGCACUCCUCGCAGCAGCUGCAGACCAUCAAGUACGAGACAGGCAGACGCAACGUGAUGAGCCGGGGCAGCAAAGGAGGGAGAGGCGCGGGUGGCCUGGACCUGAAGCUGCACCUGUCUCCGCCGGCGCCGCCGGCGCGUGGCACAGAAGGGGCGGCGGCGCCGUCGCUGUCCUCCGACGAGGAGUGGUCGUCGUCGUCGUCGCCGCCGAGCUCGUGCCUGUCGUCGGAGGGCGAGCGGGAGCCGCAUCAGCGGAGCCAGAGCCACGGGCUGCAGUGGUCGGACAGCCCCGAGGCGACGUCCAUGGUGCUGGCGGCGUGCCCGCGCUGCCUCAUGUACGUGAUGCUCUCCGAGGCCGACCCGCGCUGCCCGCGCUGCCGCAGCCCCGUCCUCCUCGACUUCCUGCACCACGCCGCCCGCAACAGCAACGUCAGCCGGGAGGACGACGGCGAUCACAGCCGCGGCUGCGGCGGGAGGAACAGGAGGGCCUGAUCAUCCACAGUUCCACACGGCAGCCUCAAGAACCCACAAGAUUUUCUUUUUCUUUUUCUCGAUUAUUACCAUUAGUACUAGUAGCUUUAAUUCCAUCGUUAAGUUGAAAAGAACUGCUCCAGUGUAACCGUGAUAUUUUCAUUUCAUUUCAUCCGUCUGCCGAGACUGCGUGCGACGGUGCUACUGUGGUAUAUAUCACGGAUACACUGGAAAAAGUUUUGUUUUUCAAUGUUCA